UUGCCCUGACUGCCUCAGCCAGGAAACACUUCCAUCAUGAAAAGCCAGCUCCUGAGGGGUUUAUUAUGGUCUGAGAGGGCAAGAGAACUACAUAUCCCAGCAUGCCACUGAGAAACCUCACAUGGUGACGUGGGAGGGAGGGAGGGAGGGAUGGCAGCUGCUGUUGUCCCAACCCUAGGAAGUUAGCAUGGGACCCUGGGCGGUGCUAGGACUAGGAGCAAAGCAACAGCCCUGGAGGAGGCCACAAGGGUCCCAAGGAGAGAGGCCACACAACAGCAGCCAAAGAAAAGGGUCUUAUUUUAUUUCAGCUUGACUCCAGGAGGAGGAAGAGUCUGCAAAAGGAGAGAUCACUGGGGAAUGAUGUGCACGGCAUUCUGACAAAUUGCUGAACCAUUCAAAAUAGACAAAAGACAGCUUAUUGACUAAGUCAUAAAGUGAAACUAAACAAAUAAAGAGAUCGAAACUCAGGAGAAGAUGGCGGAAGAAAUCAUACAAACUACUCAGAAAGACUUUGGAACAACGUAAAGGAAAAGAGCUCCAUCUUAUACCUUCUUUGGAAGCCUUCAAGAGGGCAUUGAAGAAGGAUCUCUUCCGGCGGGCCUAUCCAACAGAUCUCCUCUAAUUUGAUUUUGAACAUCUGAAUACGAUGACUCGAUUUUAUAACUACUUCCCUGAAGAAAAGGAGUCCAUGUCACAAAAGAAGAUGGUUCUUCAGCCCUCAAACAGUGGAAAUAUUUUAACCAAUACUCAGCAAAAUGAAAUGGAAAAAACAAAAGAUUCCUUGUUGGAAAAGCACUUAUAUUCUGAUGGAAUUCCACUGAAAACAGAAACUAGUGAGCUUCCAAGGAAUUCCUCAGGGUCAGCAGUCUUUGCAGAAGGUAGUUCAGUAGACAAUGAAGGUAGUUCAGUUGACAAUGAUGUGGUAGAUUCAUCAGAGGAAAGAACUGAAUAUUCAGCACAAGUCCCCCUCCAAGAUUUUCCAGUGGAAGAGGAAAAUAGUUCACCUGAAACAAUCCUAGAAGAAAAAAUUAGUUCACUGGAUCAGCUGAACCAACACUCAUUGGAACUUGCUGAAGAAACCAAAGAUCUCUUGAACCAAGAAGUAGCAACAUUAAUUCAAAAGCCUGAAGACUCAGGGCGGAAGAGAUCUUUGACAGAAGACUUCCCUGAAGAAAAGGAGUUCAUGUCACAAAAGAAGAUGGUUCUUCAGCCCUCAGACAGUGAAAGUAUUUUAACCAAUACUCAGCAAAAUGAAAUAGAAGAAACAAAAGAUUCCUUGUUGGAAAAGCACUUAGAUUCUGAUGGAAUUCCACUGAAAACAGAGACUAGUGAGCCUCCAGGGAUUUCCUCGGGGUCAGCAGUCUCUGCAGAAGCUAGUUCAAUAGACAAUGAUGUGCUAGAUUCCUCAAAAGGAAGAACUGAAUAUUUAGCACAUGUUCCCCUCCAAGAUUUUCCAGUGGAAGAGGAAAAUAGUUCACCUGAAACAAUCCUAGAGGCAAAAAUUGGUCCACUGGAUCAGCAGAACCAACACUCAUUGGAACUUGAAACGAAAGACGAUUUCUUGAACCAGGAAAUAGCAGCAUUACUUCAAAAGCCUGGAGACUCAGGGAGGAAGAGAUCUUUGAUAGAAGAUACAGGAAAUACAGUUUGCAAAUCAAAAACUGAAGUGGCAAGCCAGUGCCUUACACAAGAAGUAAGCAAACAGAACACAGUGGAACCAAUAGAGAAUUGCUAUCCACCACCUCCUCUUCGAGGCUUUACCUUUCGUGGAAUUCUUCUGGGAGUUCUGGUGCCUUUGGUCGCGAUUUUCAUCAGCAGCAGUGGCUACUACACUUCCCGCCUCCCCGUUGUGCCAAAAAAUCCAGUUGUAGAGGCCUUCCUAUCAAGAUUUGACCCACUGAAAGACAGCUUUCCAGAUCAGAGCCCUGACCUGUGGUUACGUGUGCAGAAGGUCCUGCAGAAACACCUCAAUGCUUCCCACCACACUCAGCCCGCUAUCGUAAUCUUUACUGCAGCCCAGGAAGGAGAAAUAACCUUGAAGUGCCUGAGCACUCAGAUCGCUGAUGCCUACUCAUCAUCCCUCAAGGGCAGCACUGUCCAGGUUGAUGGAGCUUCUAAAGCCACACUAAGCAGUGACAGUGCCAAAUUGGCCAUUGAUGAGGAGCUGAGCUUGGGCUUCCACAGUGGAGGGAAGGCAGCAGUGGUGCAUCAGUUUGAGUCGCUACCCGCAGGUUCCACCUUAAUCUUUUAUAAGUUCUGUGACCAUGAAACUGCAGCUUUCAAAGAUGUGGCACUGAUUUUGACUGUUUUGCUGGAAGAUGAGAAACUGGAGCCUAAUGUUGGGCUGCAAAUGGUAGAGGAAACUGUGCGGGACUUUCUUUGGGCCAAGUUCACGAACUCAGACAUGCCCAGUUCCUAUAAUCACAUGGACACAGACAAAUUGAGUGGGUUGUGGAGUCGUAUAUCCCACUUAGUCUUGCCUGUCCAUCCAGUACAAACUAUAGAAGACAGGGGUUGUUCUUUGCAAACCAGAUCAAGAGGUGACUGAAAUAACUUCAGGGAAAGCACAAAAGCUCUGAAUGAUUUGCACCAGUUUUAUGAACUUUUCUGAGGCUAUAAGCCUGAGAACAGAGAUGAUUUUUAAAGAUCAGUUACACAUUUGGAUGUCACUUUUGAUAUCUGGCAGUACGUUAGAGGGAAAAUGAGCGAUAUAGUAAUUUAGUUGUCUUUGCAACUGGUUGGCAUGCAUUGACAUGCAGUCUAAGGGGAUGGUUUUAAAAUUAGUUAGUAAAUGAGAGCACAUUCUGCCCCUUGAAUAUUUUUGCCACUAGAAGAAGAUGACCAAGAAACAGAGAUACAGAAAAUAGUAUUUCACAGAAUCAGCCCUUCUUAAGUUAUUUUAAAAGUGACUGUUUCUCAAAGUUCUCUUUCAUGUAGAAUGAAGUGGGCACCUGUGGCCCUCCAGGUGAUUUUCAACUGCAGAUCCCAUAAUGCCCUAACAUUGGCUUUAGUGGCUAGGGUUGAUGACAGUUGUAGGCCAAAAUGACAACUGGAGAACAAUAAUCCAAUGUAGAGGAAAUUCUUGUGUCUAAAAUAGCUGCUCAUUCUGUGGUUCUUCACUGAAAUUUGGGGACUUUUACAUUGUGCGCACACACACACACACAAAACAGUCUCACAUAUGUGACCUUUACUAGGAGCAACCAAAAUGGUAUAAAAGCAUGCAAGCUUUUGUGUUUGUGUGCAGUUUGUACUGUUUGCCAAGAAACAAUCAAUUUGCAGGAGAAGUCUUCGGUCAGUCAUGCAGACAAUACAUCUUGAUCUGUUCCCAAUAUUUAUUCCUAGUUACUGCAAGACCAGCAUAGGCUGAGCUCAGGGUAUGUGGGAUAUCUCAUGUAUUAAAUAAACAAAAACACUUAAACUCAUGAAGAGUUACUCUUGGGAGUAACUUAGCAAUUUGCACAGCUCUUUUUUGCUUUGGAGGUAGGAAACUGGCCUACCAUUUGCUUGCUUGGUGAGAUAGGUUUAGACAGCUAAAAGAGUAUUAAUGUGUUUGCAAGGAAGGAUAAUGGUAAGGAACAUUUUUCCCCAAUUUAAAUUGGAAAUGUAUAGGAGUGUUAUGUGCCUGACCUUUAUUGCAGUGUGCAGGUAUAGAAGGCAUAUGUGGAGCAUAUUGUAGAUCCCAGCAUACAGACAGAUAUGCACCUAUAAAUCUAGGUGUGGUUCCAGCAUGUCAAAAUAAGUAAAUUCUAAGUGGAAAUAAUAUAAUAUUAAAUGAGAAGUGAAGGCAGUCUGAAUGUGGCAUUUAAAUGCAAAAGGGAAAUAGGAAUUUGAGAGGUGUGAGGAGAGGAGAUGGGAUACAGUUAUAAAAACUACUAGGAAAAGAGGGUCUCUCAGGUCAAAUCUGCCUUAAAAUAGAGCAUAACAAAAGAAAUGUCUCCUUUUAAAUUCUUUUAGAUACUUGCAGGUUGAUUUUCAUUAGAAUCUCACAUCUGUAUUUAAUACGGAUGUCAAACAGCACAUGCAAAGAUUGGAAAAAGUUUUAUUUAAAAAUAUUAUGUCCUUUUUGUUGUUUAGUGCAAAAAACAACAUUUUGCCAAAAGUUUUAAAAGUGGAAAGAAUCAUGUAUUGUCUGACCAUUUUUGUUUGAUUGGGUAUCUCAAGCACGGAGUUUGAGAAAGUUUGUGUGUACCUGUAUUCUUUGCAUCUCUAGUAUUUACUUGGAAGAUGCCAGCAUAUUCUACACUGGCAACUAUCAUUUUACAUUGCCAUAGUUCCAUAAUAUUUCAUUGUAUGCAUUACUGUUGUUUCACUACUGCAUUCCCUUUAUGUACAGUGCAAUGCUGUGUGUGCCUACUCAGAGGUAAGCUGUCAACAUUGGACUGGCCUUAUGUGCUGUACCUCUAACAACAGUUUAAUCAGCAGCAGUAAAGAGGUGAUGAUAAUUCAUGUACACUUUUAUGUAUAGUAGUAAAAACAAAAAACAAAAUCAUCGUUUGGUUCCUGCAUAUUAGUGGCAGAAAAGAUCCAUUUGCAGCACUGCUAAUGACUAAUUAAUCAAGUACAAAAUUACAAGCCUAAUUUUUAAUAACACUAAAUAAAGCUAAGCAAGUAAAAAAUAAAAAUAAAGCAUUUGAAAACA